UCCUUAUACCUGAUGAAUUACACACGCAGUGUCAACACCCACUACAAUAAAUUUCAUGUAAGUGACGAAGAUAAUACUAACAUAUAAUGUCAUCAGUGAGUGUCAGAGGCAUCUCAUACAUUUCCUAGAAUGGUGUAGCUCAUAUAGACAGUGAAUGCAGACGGAGGUGUCAGGUCGCCUUGUUUCCUCAUUUAAACAUUCUCACUUGCACCAGUUACUGGAAUAUUUAAUGUGCACUAUAAACAUCUGGUGAUCUGUAGUUACUUUUUAAAAUAAAUGUGCAUGUUUGGUAACAGAUGGUUGAUUUCUUCGAUGACAUUGAUGUUGGAUAUUUGUGCAGUAAGCAAGUAUUCCAAGUGUUAAAUAAUUAUUGCUAAUACAUUUCAGAAAGGUAGACACUAUAUAACCACUGUAGAAGAAAAACAAUAAAAUAAUUUAGUGUGUUGUAUUAUAUACAGAUUUCUCAAAAUUAAUUCUGUGUGUUGUAUUAUAUACAAAUUUCUCAGAAUUAAUUCAGUGUUGUAAAGCAAUCUUACCCAGUGACUGCAGGCAGAAUAUCAUUUAGUAAUAUGCCUUAACUUCCCUUGCUCUCAAAUAUAUGUUCACUCUCUUAUCUCACUACUAGUCACAUACCUGCAUCACUUUACAGCACUCACGUAUAUUUAUUUUAAACUUUCAUAUUUUUUCUUGAAUAUUACUGAAAUUUGACGUAUCUAUCCUAUAAUGUGUAUAUGACUGUUUUUACUUUAUUAAACUGUGUACUGUACUAUGUAAUUAAUCAUAUUAAAAUUAUCAGUAUUUCCUAGAGAUACAGUUUUUUUAAUAAGGUGAUUAAUUACCUGGGCAAUUUAUAUCAGUAUUUAUAAAUGCAAGUAAUAAUUUGCUUACAUAAUUGUUUAUGUACAUGACAUUCUUCUGAUUAUUUUCAAAUAUAAUUUGAACAUAGAUACUGUAUAUGCAGUUGUAUCAGAAGUAUCUCCCUUUAUUACAUGAUAUACAUGAUACAGACAAAUAUAAUCAUUUAUCAGAGUAAUAUUUUAUAAAUUAUUUGUCAUAAGAGUCAACACAAUAAAGAAACUUUGUUCAGUGUUCCUAAAUAUUAAAAACAUUACCUAGAAGAAUAUAAAUUUAUUACAGUGGAGAGAAAUGAAUUUCACUUUCACUGUUUUGAGUGUUUAUUAACAAAAAUUUCCAUGGACAUUCUAUUUAAUUUACACACAAGAUUAGAGACUAGAUUGCACAGUGCCAUUCCUACAUCACAAAAAUAUUACUAAUAAUUAUCUAAAAUUUUUUGUGAAAAGUCAUAAAUAGAAACAAAUACUUGAGUUAUAACAAGACAUCUGUUUUCUACAUACCUACCUUGCAAGUGAUGGCUUCUGAGAUCACUACCCCUACAACCCAGUCUCUGACAGAUGACUACAACAUUGAUAAUAUUAAGAAAUCUAAUGUAGUGGUAGAAAGUGAGUAUUCAAAAGUGAAACCAUAUCAAUGUACUGUGUGUCUUAAAGAUUUUUCUCAAAACAGUAAACUAGCACGACAUAUGAGAACUCAUACAGGAGAGAAACCCCACCAGUGUUCAGAGUGUGAUAAAGCAUUUUCACAAAGAAGUGUUUUAGUAAUACAUAUGAGAACUCAUACUGGAGAGAAGCCAUACAAGUGUUUGGAAUGUCUAAAAGACUUUAAGCAAAAAAGUAAUUUAGUAUCACAUAUGAGAACUCACACUGGAGAUAAACCCCACCAGUGUUCAGUGUGUCCAAAAGCCUUUUAUACAAGCCAUGAUUUAAUAAGCCAUGAGAGAAUUCAUACAGGAGAGAGACCAUAUCGGUGUCCGGAGUGUCUAAGAGACUUUACACAAAAAAGUAAUCUUGUAUCACAUAUGAAAACUCAUACAGGAGACAAGCCGUAUCAUUGUUCAGUCUGUUUAAAAGACUUUAAAAGCAGAGACUAUUUAGUACCACACAUGAGAACUCAUACUGGAGAGAAACCAUAUCAGUGUUCAGAGUGUCUUAAAGAAUUUCGACAUAAUGCUAAUCUUGUAACUCACAUGAGAAUUCACACAGGAGCAAAACCCUUUAAAUGUUCGGUGUGUCUUAAAGAAUUUCGACAAAAAGCUAAUCUAGUAACGCACUUAAGAAUUCAUACAGGCGAGAAACCAUAUCAAUGUCCAGUGUGUUUCAAAGGAUUUGCACUAAAAUCAUCUCUAGUAAAACAUUCAAGAGUUCAUACGAGAGUGAGACCACAUCUGUGCUCACUGUGUCUAAAAGAUUUUACUAGCAAAGACUCUUUAGCAACACACAUGGUAAUUCAUACAGGGGAGACCCUACAUCAGUGUUCAAUGUGUGUGAAAAAGUUUAAAAAACAAUCCAAUCUAGAAAGGCACAUGAGACGUCACAACACUGUUCCAAGCAUUUUAAAGAAUUUCCGAAAAAAUUUACUUUUGUAGUGCACUUAAUUUUUAAUGUGACAUCACAUAAAAGAAAUUAAUGUGCAAGAGAAUUUGUAUAUUAGAGAAUCAUACUAUUGAUUAACGUCUAUCUCAAAGACUUAGUGAACAUUCUGCUGUCAUUCCAGGUUCACAAAUCUCUUUUUUGGAUGAAAAAUGUGUUAUAUAAUUUUAUUAAUUUACAAAAUUAAUAUUUUAAAUAAUUUGCGAAUUUAUUGUCACAGUGAGCUCAUUUUUGUAAGUUUAGUAUCUUCACAUUAAUUAACGCUAAUGUAAGGGCAAGUUGAAAGUUUAUCGUGCAGAUAGUCAGUCAGAAGUAUUUUUUUUUUUUAUUAUCACACUGGCCGAUUCCCACCAAGGCAGGGAGGCCCGAAAAAGAAAAACUUUCACCAUCAUUCACUCCAUCACUGUCUUGCCAGAAGGGUGCUUUACCCUACAGUUUUUAAACUGCAACAUUAACACCCCUCCUUCAGAGUGCAGGCACUGUACCUCCCAUCUCCAGGACUCAAGUCCGGCCUGCCGAUUUCCCUGAACCUCUUCAUAAAUGUUACUUUGCUCACACUCCAACAGCACGUCAAGUAUUAAAAACCAUUCGUCUCCAAACAUAUAAUGAUGGGCAAGUUCUCCAUAUUUUCUAGACUUUUGGGACUCCCUAAAGCUGGCAGCUGCCCCUCCUUCUUCCCUGGUGUAUUGGAGAUAGGUAUCAGCCAAGGUAGAUGCACAUGUAUAGUCCCACACCACCUGCUUCCCAUCUGUCCAGGCUUGAAGGGUGAUACCAUCUGGACGCUUCUG